CGGGCCAGUGUGAGCGCGAGUGUGCGCACGCCGUGCAGAGCUCUGCCCUCGCCUCGCACCCUGCUCAGGGCAUCCGGAGAGCCUGGAACCGUGAUCAGGCUUAAAGUAUGGCAUGUUGCAAAGAUGGUUUCUGCCAAGAAGGUACCCGCGAUCGCGACGUCCUUCGGAGUCAGUUUCGCCCUCCUGCACAUCCUGUGCCUGGAGGCUUGUUUAAACGAAUCCCCAGGACAGAACCCAAAGGAGGAGAAAUUAUGCCCGGAAAAUUUUACCCGCAUCUUGGACAGUUUACUGGAUGGUUACGACAACAGGCUGCGUCCUGGAUUUGGGGGUCCUGUUACAGAAGUAAAAACUGACAUAUAUGUCACCAGCUUUGGACCUGUUUCUGAUGUUGAAAUGGAAUACACAAUGGAUGUGUUCUUCAGACAGACAUGGAUUGACAAAAGACUAAAAUAUGAUGGUCCCAUUGAAAUUUUGAGAUUGAACAACAUGAUGGUAACAAAAGUAUGGACUCCUGAUACUUUCUUCAGGAAUGGAAAGAAGUCUGUCUCACAUAAUAUGACAGCCCCAAAUAAGCUUUUUAGAAUUAUGAGAAAUGGCACUAUUUUAUACACAAUGAGACUCACCAUAAGUGCGGAGUGUCCCAUGAGAUUGGUGGAUUUCCCCAUGGAUGGUCAUGCAUGCCCUUUGAAAUUUGGGAGUUAUGCUUACCCGAAGAGUGAGAUGAUUUAUACCUGGACAAAAGGUCCUGAGAAAUCAGUAGAAGUCCCAAAGGAAUCUUCCAGCUUAGUUCAAUAUGACUUGAUUGGGCAAACCGUAUCAAGUGAAACCAUCAAAUCCAUUACGGGUGAAUAUGUUGUUAUGACGGUAUACUUCCACCUCAGACGAAAGAUGGGUUAUUUUAUGAUUCAGACGUACAUUCCAUGUAUUAUGACAGUGAUUCUUUCACAAGUUUCAUUCUGGAUAAAUAAGGAAUCCGUUCCAGCUAGGACUGUAUUUGGAAUCACCACAGUCCUCACCAUGACCACACUGAGCAUCAGUGCACGGCAUUCUUUGCCCAAAGUGUCCUAUGCUACUGCCAUGGAUUGGUUCAUAGCUGUCUGCUUUGCUUUUGUAUUUUCCGCCCUUAUUGAGUUUGCGGCUGUCAAUUAUUUUACCAAUAUUCAAAUAGAAAAAGCCAAAAAGAAGACAUCGAAAGCUCUCCAGGAAAUGACAGCUGCUCCAUUGCUGAGAGCAAUGCACCCUGAAGCACCCCUGCAGAACACAAAUGCCAAUCUGAACAUGAGGAAAAGAACAAAUGUUUUGGUUCAGUCUGAAUCUGACGCUGGCAUCAGAACCGAGGUAGGAAACCAUUCGAGCAGAUCUUCCAUGAUUGUUCAAGCAGCUUCUGAGGCCACAUCGCAGACUUACUUAGCUUCCAGUCCAAACCCAUUCAGCCAUGCAAAUGCCGCUGAAACUAUAUCUGCUGCAAGAGCACUACCAUCUGCUUCUUCUACUCCUAGCAGAACUGGGUAUGUGCCCCAGCAAGCUUCAGCAGGACCUGCUUUUACCCACCAUGUGUUUGGAUCAAGACUGGGGCGAAUUAAGACAACAGUUAAUACCAUAGGGGCUUCUGGGAAGUUGUCAGCCACUCCUCCUCCUUCUGCCCCACCACCUCCUGGAUCUGGCACAAGUAAAAUAGACAAGUAUGCCCGCAUUCUCUUUCCAGUAACAUUUGGGGCAUUUAAUAUGGUCUAUUGGGUUGUUUAUUUAUCCAAGGACACUAUGGAGAAAUCAGAAAGUCUACUGUAAUUUUUUUUUUUGCUAUAGAAGUUUCCUAAAAUAUGAUGAACUUGAAUGCAGAAUGUCUUUUUAAAUGUUUUUAAAGAUAAACAAUUGUUCUUUACUAAAAUAAAAAUCCUAUGUAAUUUUCCCAUUUAAAAAAAUUCAAGCCAGUUACUGGGAGAGUUCAUUAAUUCCUCAGUGAAAAGAAAGUGAGCCAAUUUUCAUUUCAGAAAAAUGAUUUAAAUAGAAUCAAUUCAGCAUUCAAAUUAGACAGAAUACAGACCAUCUUGGAAAGUUGGGACGAGAGAACUAGGGCUCUUAGAAAUAUGUGGUGCAUAUUUAUGCAUUGAAAUUUGAAAACGGACUAUGACAUUUUUUAAUAUACACUAUGAAUAUCAACCAACCACCCUAAAUUUCCCAGUGGCACUGCCCUUAAUCAGAAUUGUUUAUCAGAUAUUAUAUGCCGUGACCUUUGGAGAUCCUCUUACCUAGUUUCUGCAAGAAAAAGGACUUUUCCUGUUAAAUUAAACAUUUUAAAAAGGAAAAUGGAACAAAACAAAUACUGACCAAUGGAGUGAAACCUCUGCUGCAUCAAAAAGAAAUACAGAGACCAGGGAAAAUACACGCCCGGUCAUAUGUUGACCAAACAGGACUUAACAGUUAACUUGGAAAUUUGUGCUUUGAGCCAAAGUUUAACUCAUUGUAUUAAUUCUUUUGAUAGUAGUUCAUUCAGUUCUGUACUCCUUCAAUGUGUGUUUAUUCAGAGCCUACUGUGUCCCAGGCACUUUGCUAGACAUUGUCUCUCUAGGAAAGCUCCUUCACCUUUGCCUACAAUAUUACUUAAAUAGAAUAGUCAACGCAUGCUAAUGAACCA